AUGUCCCUGGUGGCCAAGGAGAAGAACCACGUCCGCUUGGUUUUCCUGGGAGCCGCCGGCGUGGGCAAGACCUCUCUGAUCCGGCGCUUCCUGCUGGACACCUUCGAGCCCAAGCACCGGCGCACGGUGGAGGAGCUGCACAGCCAGGAGUACGAGGUGAGCGGGGCCACGGUCAAGGUGGAGAUCCUGGACACCAGCGGCAGCUACUCCUUCCCGGCCAUGAGGAAGCUCUCCAUCCAGAACAGCGACGCCUUCGCCCUGGUCUAUGCCGUGGACGACGCCGAGUCCUUCGAGAGCGUCAAGAGCCUGCGGGAGGAGAUCCUGGAGGUGAAGGAGGACAAGUUCCCUCCCAUCGUGGUGGUGGGCAACAAGGCGGAGAGCGGCGGCGAGCGGCGCGUGCCCCUGGAGGAGGCGCUGGCGCUGGUGGAGCUGGACUGGAACGGCCGCUUCGUGGAGGCGUCGGCCAAGGACAACCAGAACGUGCUGGAGGUGUUCAGGGAGCUGCUGCAGCAGGCCAACCUGCCCAGCCGGCUCAGCCCUGCGCUCUGCAAGAGGAGGGAGACACUGCCCAAGGAGCAGGCGCUCCGGCCGCCCAUGAACAAGACCAACAGCUGCUCCGUGUGCUGA